AUGGACAUUGCCAACACCACAAACCGAGAGACAGGAACAAAGCGUCCGGCGAAAGGAUUACGCCGAGCCUGUUGGGAAUGCAAGAGGCGAAAUGUCCAAAAAGGUUCGAGCAAAACGAGCAUAAGCCCGCACUCCAGUGUCGACAGCCUCGAGCCGGAGCGUGCUGAUCAGACCAAUGCAUGCUCAUUACACAUUGGGGAGCGGCUGAACAAGCUUGAGAACUUCUUUGAAAAGUUUGCUGGUCGCAAGAGUUUCGCCAUCGCUACCCCUUCGGAUUCCCCCUCGAACCCGAUGUCGGGAGAAUGUAGCAAGAAGCAGUCAGGACAGGGUCUACCUGAGAUAGCGAAAGAUGUCCGGAGCAUCUCGUCUUUCGGUGAUGGAACCCGUAGCGCGCAAACAUGGACUUCAUCACCCUCCAUCCGUACACUGGUCGAUGAACAGGACAGCGCGCACUUGUCCACUAAUGACACCAUCCGCCGGACCCUAGUUGCCCUUCUGCCCUCGCAGCAUGAUGCGGAUAUCAUAUUUGAGUCGUCUAACGGAUGGAUGAUCCUGGAUAGCGUUUACAAAGCCUCUCAAGACAUAUACGUUAACAGGGAUGUGCAGUCCUACGCCCUAGACAUGGCAGCUGUUGCUCAUAAUCCAUCAAUAAUUGUGGCUCGCACCCUCCUCCAUCUAGCAGUCUGCAUCAAUGUACUUCCACCAGAAUUCGAUCCGGCACGAAUAUCAAAUCUGGGAUCGCUGGAGGCCACCACGCUUGUCUAUGUCAACACUGUUACUUCUUUAAUUACCUCCUCAGACGAGAAAAUGCUGACUCUCCACGGACUUGAGAUGCUGCUGCUUCUCGCCAUCUACCACAUAAACAGUGGCAGUUUUCGUCAAUCGUGGCUCAUCGUCAGACGGGGCCUGAGUCUGGCGCACCUCAUGGGAUUUCAACGCAUCAUCACACAGCCAGAUUGUAAGCCGCCGAUACCAGGGUCUUGUAGUGCCAAGGCGAUAUGGACACAGCUUGUUAAUAUGGAUCGAUACUUGGGAUUGCAUAUGCGCCUUCCUUUUGGUUCAGAGGACUAUCCGCUUGUAGACGACACUCAUUUGCAUCUCAUCUACCGCUCAAAGGUCAACGCGAUUUCGAGGCAGAUAGCCGAACUCGAUCGCGACGUCUCACCACACUCUUAUGCGCGAGCGCUCAGUCUCGACGAGGAAUUGGAGUUGAUUGUGAAAGAAGUCCCGAAAGACUUCUGGGACGUGCCCAACAUCUCCUCUACAGUCCGGUCACCAGAGUGCUUCGCAGUGCUCGAGAAACUGAUGGUGCAAUUGUGGCAUUUCGAAAUGAAGGUCUUUAUCCACUUACCCUACCUCUUACGCCACCAUAGGGAUAAUCGAUACGCGUUUUCAAAAGCCACAGCUCUCCAAGCAAGCCGCAACAUUGUGAUGCGAUGGUUCGCGCUCAGGAGCGCAAGCAUGACGCAAGCCUGUUGUCGAUUCGCGGAGAUUGGUGUCUUCAUCGCUGCAGUCACGCUCGCACUGGACAUUGUCAUCGAACUCAGCACACGAGAGAAGAGUGAAGUGAAGAAGUCUAAAGGGCCAGACUUUGCCAUGAUCUGCCGUCUUAUUGGGGAGAUGGAAGCACUGGCCAAAGCGAGUGAGCGCGAGAAGAUUGCAGCGCGAAGCGCAAUUGUGCUUAAGAAGAUACUUUCUUCCCUUGAUCCGAGUAGACAAGAUACCGGGAAGGCUCGGCUCACCAUGCCGUACUUUGGCACUGUGCUGUUGGAGUUUACGAAAGUGCCUGUCAGACCGGCAUUCGAUCUCGACUCGGAUACAGGCAGCACGAUGGACGAGGGGCGGCAUUUUCCGGUAUUCUCGUUUGUUAGUAAUGCGCUGUGGCCGACGGCGGCGGGGGAUGACGGUCUGGAUUGGGAUAUUGUGCUCUUCGACGGGCUGGAGGAUAGGGAUGUGGAAGGGAAUUGGGUGUUUUGA